AUGACUGAGAGCGUAGACGAAAAACCAAUCAAAGAAUCACCCGAUAUUAAGCUUGAUCCAACAGAGGAACAAAUUUUAAAAGAUCAGAUUAAUUUUGAGUCAUCUGACAUUAAGCUUGAUCUGAUCGAGGAACAAAUCCUAAAAGAUCAGAUUAAUAUUGAAUCAUCUAACAUUAAGCUUGAUCCGAAAGAGGAACAAAUUUUAAAUGAUCAGAUUAAUGUUACUAAAAGAAAGGUCUCAUAUAUUUCUUUAUAUAGAUUCGCUACAAAAGUUGACUGGAUAAUUAUGUUUAUUGGAUUAAUGUUUUCAGUAAUUGCGGGAGCAGCUUCACCUUCAAUAGCAAUCUUUUUCGGAAUAGUUAUCGAUUAUUUUACCAAUUUUCAAAAUCACAUAAUAAGCUCCGAUGAGUUUUCCCAAGAAGUAGAUAACUUCUCACUAAUAUUUGUAUACUUUGCAAUUGGUAUUUUUGUUACUACGUAUAUAUCUACAGCUACUUGGGUAUAUACUGGUGAAAGAAUAACACGACAAAUUCGUGAACAAUAUCUUCGUGCAAUUCUUAGACAAAAUAUAGCUUAUUUUGACAAACAUGGUUCAGGUGAAGUUACUACUCGCAUUACUUCUGAUACACACUCGAUACAAGAUGGUAUCAGUGAAAAAGUUGCCUUCGCUUGUCAAAUAAAAGGUUUGGAAUCCAAAUCUCGUGCCGGAAUAAUUGCUGAAGAAGCUAUUUCAACGAUCAGAACUGUAGUGGCCUUUGGUGCCCAAAAGAAGCUUUCUAACCUUUAUGAUACUUAUUUAAGUGAUGCAAGAAAAGAAAGGGUUAAAAAAUCUUGGGUGAUUGGUAUUUCUCUUGGCAUUACGCUCUUUGUCAUAUAUUCAUCUUAUGCUUUGGCCUUCUGGUACGGUUCUACGUUGAUUUAUAAACAUGAAAUGAGUGCCGGACAAGUUUCUGGUGUAUUCUUUUCGAUUAUAAUUGGCUCUUUUGGUCUUUCAAAUUUUUUUGUCGAUUUUCAAGCUAUCAGCCUUGCUGUUAGCGCUGGUUCAAAAAUUUUUGAAACUAUUGAUCGUGUUCCUCCGAUAGACAUUGCUUCUGAUACUGGUGAUAAGCUUGAAACUAUCGAAGGUCACAUUCAACUUAAGAAUAUAAAUUUCAUUUAUCCAACUCGCCCUGAAGUUAAAGUUUUAAAUGAUGUAUCAUUGGAUGUUGAACCUGGUUCUACAGUUGCGCUCGUUGGUUCUUCGGGUUCUGGUAAAAGUACGAUUGUAUCUCUUGUACUUCGUUUCUAUGAUCCCAUAUCAGGUGGCGUAUUUAUUGAUGGACAUGAUGUCAAAUCUCUCAAUUUAACAUGGCUAAGAAGACAAAUAAGUCUUGUAAGUCAAGAACCUAUACUUUUUAAAACUACUAUAGCCGAAAAUAUAUCUUAUGGAUUAAUCGGUUCUAUUUAUGAAAGUUUACCUGAUAACGAAAAACGUGAAAUGAUUGAAAAUGCUUGUAAGAUGGCUAAUGCUCAUGAUUUUAUUAUGAACCUUCCUGAUAAAUAUGAAACUAUGGUUGGGGAGCGUGGAAUUUUAUUAUCUGGAGGUCAAAAGCAACGUAUCGCAAUCGCUCGUGCUAUUAUUAAAGAUCCAAAGAUUUUAUUACUCGACGAAGCUACUAGCGCUCUUGAUACAGCAAGUGAGGGAAUAGUUCAAAAUGCAUUAGAUAAAGCUUCAAUGGGUCGUACAACAAUAGUUAUUGCACAUCGUUUAACCACUAUUCGCAAUGCAAAAAAGAUUAUUGUGAUGAAUAAAGGCGUUAUUGUGGAAUCGGGUACACACAAAGAGCUUAUGGAUAAAAAAAGUUUUUAUUUUAAACUUGUUGAAACUCAACAGAUUCAACAGACUUCAAAGGUUGAAGAAAAUCUGAAUGAGAAUGAACCAGAUUUAUUUAUAAUUCCACCUAAAGAUGAUAUUACAAUUAAGGACACUAUCAAAGAUAAUGAAAAUCCGAUUAUUUCGGCCAAACAAAAAGCUGAUACUGAAAUGGGAUUGAAACAUAAUGAUUGUCAUUACUCUUCUUGGGAACUAAUCAAGAAGAUAGCAUUCAUCAAUGGACCUGAAUCUUUUAUACUUUCCAUAGGUAUAAUAACAUCAGUCCUUAAUGGCUGCAUUUACCCGAUAUUUGCUAUUACAUUUGCUAAUAUUAUUCAAGCACUUUCAGAAACUGGUGAAACUUUACGUCAUAAAGCAAAUUUCUGGUCACUUAUAUUUUUUAUAUAUGCCAUGGUGUCAUUUUCUUUGAAUCUUAUUCAACAAGUUGCUCUUGGAUUUGCGAGUGAAAAGCUUACAGAACGAGUUCAGUCCAUGUCUUUUGCAUCUAUUUUACGACAAGAUAUUUCUUUUUUUGAUGAAGAAGGUAAUGGUGUAGGUGUUUUGACUGGUCGAUUAUCAUUAGAUGUAACACAUGUUAGUGGUUUAGCGGGUUCUACACUUGGAAAUCUAUUACAAGUAAUGGCUUCGCUUUGUGCAUCUUUCACAGCGGCAUUUAUAUUUGGUUGGAAGCUCACUUUGGUCUCCGCAGUUGCUUCACCUGUAUUAAUUGGAGCUGCUGCAUUACGUAUAAAAAUGGUAGAUGGAUUCCAACAAAAAACUAAGAAAGCCUAUGAAUAUUCCACUCAAAUAGCUAAUGAAGGAGCUAGUAAUAUUAGAACGGUCGCUGCUCUUACUCGUGAAGAUGAUUUAUGGAAAAAAUAUCAUAAUUUAUUAGAUGGACCCAUGCGUCAAGGAUUUAAAAAUGCAUACUUAGCCUCCACUAUUUUUGCUUUUGGGCAAAGCAUCUCCUAUUUAAUAAAUGCUUUAACAUUUUGGUAUGGUAGUAAAUUAUUUAUGGACGGUGAAUAUGAUCUUCAAAAAAUGUUUGUAGUUUAUGCGGCCAUUAUAAUUGGAUCACAGUCUAUUGGCCGUGUCUUUGCUUACACACCAGAUAUGACGAAAGCAAGGUCUGCAUCUGCUACCAUAGUAUCAUUAUUAGAACGUGUUCCUGUGAUUGAUACAUGGAAUCAAGAUGGUGAAAAGGUUAAAACUAUCAAUGGUCACCUUAAAUUCACAGAUGCUUAUUUUCAUUAUCCGACUCGACCUAAUGUUCCAGUUCUCCAAGGUUUAAAUUUAGAAAUUAAGCCUGGUCAAUAUGCAGCAUUAGUUGGGACAUCAGGAUGUGGUAAAAGUACCACAGUAAGUCUUACCGAAAGAUUUUAUCAGUUGACGAGUGGUACAAUUACAAUUGAUGGAAUAGAUAUUACCAAAAUGAAUGUGAACAAUCUUCGAGAGCAUAUUGCACUUGUAAGUCAAGAACCAUCAUUAUAUGAUAUGACUAUAAAAGAAAAUCUUCUUUUUGGAAGUCGAUCCGGGCAAAAUAUUACACAAAAUGAUAUAGAAAAUGCAUGUCGAGAAGCAAAUAUUCAUGAAUUUAUUGUUGGAUUACCUGAUGGAUAUGAUACUCGUGUUGGUGGAAAAGGAACACAACUUUCAGGUGGACAAAAGCAACGAAUUGCCAUCGCCAGAGCACUUAUUCGAAAUCCAAAAAUUUUAUUACUUGAUGAAGCAACAUCGGCCUUAGAUUCGGAAUCAGAAAAGGUUGUACAAAAAGCACUUGAUGCUGCAGCUCACGGAAGGACAACUUUAGCAAUUGCGCAUAGAUUAUCAACAAUUCAACAUGCAGAUGUUAUAUAUGUUAUAAAAGAUGGUAAAGUUCAUGAACAAGGCACACAUCAAGAAUUAUUAAAACUUAAAGGAAUUUAUAAUAUGAUGUAUCGUCAGGCGUGUGGUACUCUUGAAACAAUUUUCGAGAACGCAAGCGAUGAUGAAAAUUCAACUGCUUUUCAACAUCAAUCUGAAAUUAACCUUAUUGCCGAAGUUGAUUCCAUACAAUCAUUCAAUGAAAAUCGCGGUGCGAUUUCAUCAAUCAAUCAACUCCAGAGUGACAAAACCGGAAAGAUAGAAGGUAGACAUAGUGUUAUCGAUGUCAACUUAUCACUUCAAAUAACCCCAAAAGGCUUCAUGAACCGACGAUACGCCACCAAUUGCACAAAUCCCACACUUGUUUCAACUUAUACAAAUAUUUCAAAUAAUUUAGUUACAAACCCUCUUCAUAAUUUUAGUUCGCCCACUUUAUCUAAUCGUCCAGACCUUUAUCAUGAAAAUGAUUUUAAAAAUAUUCCAAAAUGCCCAUCAAUAAUUUCUUUCAAAGUGCACAUCCAUUGGAUCUAUCCUUCUUCUCCUUUAUUAAUUAACUUAUUUCGAGAUAUUUCGUUACGAAAAUUUAGAAAAAUUGUUGCAAAAAGUUGUGGAAUCAAAGUACCAAAAGAUUGUGUUAUUAUUUGGAAUAGGAAUUUGAAGUGUGAUGGAAUUAGUGUUGGAGAAGAAAAUAAUGAUAGAGUAGUUUUAAAAUACUUGUUAAAAUCUGGAAAGGUUAGUGGAAUUAAAAAUGGUGCUAUGUGGAAAUGUUUAAAAUCUUUUUGGUAUAAUAGUGUUGAGCUUUCUAUUGUUAAGAAGGAUUUAUUAGAAUAA